AAAUGCGGAGUGAGGAAGUGGAAUGAGGGGAUUGCAAUUUGAGAUCCACGACCACAAGGCCAUAGAGUUCAGUGAUGAUGAGACAACUGGAGAGGAGGAGCAGACCGAAGAUGAAGAGGACGAUGAUGACGAUGAUUUAGAAGAGGAGCACGAUGACAAGAAGGAGCAAGAAGAAAACAAAGAGCCAGUGGAAAAAACAAAGCAGCAAGAGAUCACUGUAAUCCAGCCAAUACCUCAGGUAAAGAACGCUGUAGAAGAGGCACCUGUACCUGAUGGACCCGAUGAACCUGACAAAGAUUCUGAAGAUAAAGACACGUCUAGUCCACUUAUCGAGGAGAAGCUAAACCAGAAUGAAGCCAAGCAGGAGAGACCAAAGCGCUUAUUUGGAUCAAACAGCAAGAUCUCCCUUUUCAAGCGGAGGUCUUCCAGCAAAAGGGAGACAUCAGAAGCCCCGGCGGAGGAGAGUAGCCCCGCUGAGAAAGCUUCCGGCUCAGACACUAGGGAUGUAGAGCAGAGCAGCAGUAUUGAAGCCUCUGACUCUCGGCCUCUCCGAUCCCGCUCAGCCACCUGCACUCUACUCUGACUCCAUCCAAAUCCAGCAGCUUCUAGUCCUGCUCCUGAAGGAUAUUCCUAGACGCAUUACCCAGAAGUGUUUGCUCAGAUCUGGAACGAGAACCUCGUAGAGUCUAUCAUCUGUAUAUGGUAGACAUCGAAGCUGGUCACGACACAAUUAAUAAUAACAACAGCCAUAACGUGCCUUGUAACGUGAACUCUACACAAACAUUGACAUUUCCCUCAACAGAUCUGGGACGUUUUCCAAAGCACUAUGGAUAGCCAUACGCAUGUGGGGAUCUGAUGACCGUUUUAUUGUGUUUACUGUGUUAUUUGUGUCGUAUGAUUCGCAUUUUGUGAUACUGUGUGCUUCAUAGUGGCGUAGCUGUGUGGGAAAUAUAUCAGAAAAUGUAUUUUUUAAAAAUUACAACGACUAUUUAUUUGUCUUGUUAAUAUUACCGCACGUUUGCACUUUUGACUGAUUUUGAACGUUUCACUGUCUUUGUUUGUUUUUUGUUUUUUUUCUUAUUCUUUGACAUAUUGUAUGAAAUGUGUAAUAAGUAAAAUGUAUUCAGUAAA